GUCUCCGGUCCCUGUUUCAUAAUCUCAUUUUCUCUGCUCAUACUCGAACUUUGCUAGCUGCGGUACAAUCAUGCCGCCAGCUUUCGAGUUUCGAGGCAACGACCGACGGUCGCACAAUAACAAUAAUCCAAGACAUGAGUUCACUUUCCGAUAUGCGCGACCUGGGACGGCCGAACGACCGCUCUUGACUACCAAAAGAGAAACCACUCCAGAGCCCAUCUUGGGGGCUAAAUCAGGAGACGAAAAACGGGCCAUGAAAUUUGCACCUAUUUCAAGCCUCAGUGACAGCGAGGAAGCCGAGAUGGACAUGUCCGAUGAUGAUAAGGACGACGAGGCUUCGCAUCCGCGUAAGAGGCGUGCGCUAGGAACAAAUACUGCGAUUGCUCCUACUCCGGCACCAGUCACAGCUCCAAAAUGGUCCAACCCAGAUCCUUACACUGUCCUACCCCCGCCUGAUGAGACGUUGGCGAAGAGGGUUGAUGUCGUCAAGCUGAUUCGUAAGGCGCGGAUCGCUGAGAACGCUAAGCAGACAGCACCUGCGGAUGCAGUGACAACCAACGAGGACUUUAUAUCCUUCAGUGGCCUGAUCGACGAAGAAGAAGCCAGGAUGAAGGUCCCGGACAAUGCUCCUUCGGGACCGAAACGUCUGCAAGGAAGAGACUCUGCUCUCGGGAGCCGGAAGAGGACAUACGAUGACGAGAUAAAGGGCUAUUCCAAGAAGACCGGACGGCCCAUGGUCAGGUUCUACGAUGAUGGCUCGAUUCUUGACGAGUGGGGAGCGCGCCCACAUGAGGAUGCAACUCCUUGGAUGUCGCUCAUGGAGCCUUCCUUGCACCUCGGUUCUCGGCUACACAACGAAAUUCUGAGUUUCUACCACUGGGUUAAACCGAUGCAGUAUGAGCAGAUUGUCCGAGCAGAUUUGAUUACAAGGCUGCAGGUAGCAUUCCAAAGUAGGUACUAUGGUGUGCAACUUCGUCCGUUCGGCUCGUUCGCUUCUGGCUUGUAUUUGCCCACUGCAGAUAUAGAUCUUGUUCUACUGUCGUCAAAUUUCAUGCGCAACGGCAUAAAGACUUUUGGUGAGCGUAAAGGGCAGAUCUACGCUUUCGCGGCCUUUCUCAAGAAUCUUGAAAUCGCCGUUCCUAAUUCAAUAGAGACCAUCGCGCAUGCGCGAGUUCCUAUUCUGAAGUUUGUGGACAAGAUGACCGGCUUGCGGGUUGACCUGUCGUUUGACAAUGAUAGCGGGCUCAUCGCCAACAACACGUUUCAGAACUGGAAAUCAGAGUAUCCGGCGAUGCCAAUGAUUGUAGCGGUGAUCAAGCAAUUUCUGCUACUUCGUGGCCUUAACGAGGUCCCAACUGGUGGUCUGGGAGGGUUCUCCAUAACCUGCCUCGUUACCAGUCUUCUUCAGCAUCUACCACAUGGUCACACAGCGCCUAAUCUGGGCAGCAUUCUCAUGGAUUUUUUCGAAUUCUACGGCAACACUUUCGACUUCGAGAAUGUCGGAAUUCGCCUGAAUCCGCCGGGUUAUUUCAACAAGGUAAGUAUCCCAAUGCAAACUCUGGCGGACCUUCCCAUCCACUGAUGACGCGCGUCCUUUAGAGAGUGUACAAGGGGUUCCAAGGGAAUAACGAUGCUCGUUUAUCAAUCGAGGAUCCCAACAAUCCG